AAGUCACAAUGGCAGCACGUGGUAGUGGAUCUCAGAAGCAUAAAUGGUCAAGUCCAGGAGAGAUGUCGCCAAACAAAUUUCUGAAAGGCAAUGAGACCAAGCUCCCUAGAAGGAUCGGCGAGACCGCUGCCCAGGAAUCUGAAUGUUCUAACCUAAAUCUGAACAGACAUGUAACCCUGUAUCCUGAUGAGACGCCAACCAAAGAACGCCGGUAUACCAGGACUUCUAACAUCGGAGACGACGGCUACGACUGUGUUCCUACAAAGGGCAGAAGACAUAGAAGUGAAUCUUCUUGUAGUUCCGACUUGUUUACUAGGCAAUCGGAAUCUUCACGACGUAAGAGUACACAUGUGCCAGAACAGUGUGAUGAAUACAGGCCAAGAGUACCCAAGGAUGCGCGGAGUGACCGGAAGCCCAGAGCACACGAUCCCUCGAUGCUUUUCAAGAGGGCGUUCCAUGAUAUCAUUGGGAAUCCCAUCAGAACCAAACUAACUCCAAGCAAAGAUCCCGAGAGUUCCUCUGAAGUAGAACAUGACCAGGAAUCCGAUAUUUACAGCUUGGAUGAGCCGGCUGCUGUCCCAGGUGUCACAGAGCACAAUAACACAGAGAGAUACAAGCAGGUUCUGGAAAGUAGUGUGGAGAACAAUAACACGGAGGGGUUUCCAGACCGUAGCCACGCUGCCUCGGACACGCAGGAUGAAGCUCAUACCCUUAGGGAAGAUCGUAGACUUGUGUUUAUAUAUGAGGAUGAAUCUGAAACAGACCUAGAUAAGGGAGAUGUUUUGGAGAAGGAUCCAUCCAUUGGAAGUGACUUCUCCGACGUAGAGGAUGUCAGUUCUUUGAUCAAAUUUUCCCAAGAAGACGAGGCUCUCUCAUGCUGCAUCACACCAGAAGACUCUUGCGGAACAUCUUGUGGUUAUGUUAUGUACCCACCUCACCUGUACAAGAGCCCAUGGCGUAAUUACACGGGUCAGUGGCUCAGUAAUUCUGAGUAUAGUUCAUGUACACAGCAGAACUUAUGGCAGCAAGAAGAGACCAGCCAUAUCUCAGAACAUUCUGUAAACUGGGCAGAAAAUGCCUUUCCCAGCGGGUCAAGUGACAGCGAGGGUGCCGUAGAAAGAUGCUUCGAAAGGUCUAACUCAUUCGACUCCUCAGAGAUAUACAACAACACAAUUAGGAUCGAAGGAAGAAAGUCGGAUACUUCUGCAUUUUCAGGCUCUUCUCCGACUCCCAAAUUCUUAGAGGAUGGAUUCAUAGACACACAUUGCCAUUUGGAUAUGCUCUUUUCCAAAAUGGCAUUCAGAGGCUCCUUUGCAGAGUUCAGGAGAAACCACAGUAUCUCUUUCCCUAAAGAGUUUCAAGGCUGCAUUGCAGAUUUUUGCAACCCUGACACCCUCGGUGACCUUCAGUGGCAGCAGUUGCUGGGAGAGGACAUGGUGUGGGGAGCGUUUGGUUGCCAUCCCCAUUUUGCACAGUAUUUUACAUGUCAAAAGCAAGAAGAGAUAUUAAAGGCUCUUAGGCACCCCAAAGCUAUUGCAUACGGUGAGAUGGGGCUGGAUUAUUCCCAUAAAUGUUCUACCAAAAUCCCAGUGCAGCACAAGGUUUUUGAAGAUCAGCUGAAGCUGGCGGUAUCGCUGGGGAAACCUCUGGUUAUUCACUGUCGCGGUGCAGAUGAAGACUUAAUGAGUAUUAUGAAGAGGCAGGUCCCCAGUGAUUACAAAAUACAUCGGCACUGUUUUACUGGCAAUUACAGAGAUAUUGAGCCUUUUCUCACAGAGUUCCCAAACAUGGCUGUAGGCUUCACCGCCCUUUUGACGUACCCCUCUGCCCGGGAGGCACAAACUGCGAUGGCACUUAUCCCCUUGGAGAGGCUGAUUGUCGAAACGGACGCCCCUUUCUUCUUGCCGAAACAGGCCCCCAGAAAUCUGUGUAAAUUUGCACACCCCGGACAUGCUUUGUACACAGUCCAGGAGAUCGCUAGACUGAGGAGUAUACCUGUGAAAACCGUUCUGGCGACAUUGCGCAAAAACACCAACCAGCUUUAUAAUCUAUAAGCGCUUUGAUCUCUGAGUUUUGUUCUAAAAGAUAUUUCCGUUUUCCUGUCCGCUAAAAAAACGUCAUCUUGUUUUCAAAAGAGACUCGAUAUAAUAUAUGUUUAUAAAUGUUAUUUGUUUUCUUAUCCAGAUUCAUGGCUGUUAGCUUUUUGUUUUCUAAAACAAUUUUAUAUCUGGAAGUUCUGUGUUUAAAUUGAAUUUCUGUUUUAUGUUUGGUUUUAUAUUACAAUAAUACAAGCAAGUAAAAAAACA